AUCUUGACAUGUAAUAAGUUGACACAAAAUGCAAAAGUGUGUGUGUGUGUAAUUGUUGUUGUUUUGUUGUGUACAGAGAACUUGAGGAGAACAAGGAGAAGCAGGAUGACAAUCAGAAUGGAGGAGAUUCUGCCAAGAUUGCAUCAAAACAUGAGAAGUUUCUCCUGGAGAUGGAGGAGCUGUUUGCUGAGGUGGAUGAGAAGAGAAAAAAGCGGGAAAUCCCAGAUUACCUGUGUGGAAAGAUCAGCUUUGAGCUGAUGAGGGAACCCUGCAUUACCCCCAGUGGUAUCACCUACGACCGGAAGGACAUUGAAGAGCACCUACAGCGAGUGGGUCAUUUUGAUCCAGUUACUAGGAGUCCACUGACCCAGGACCAGCUGAUCCCAAACCUGGCCAUGAAGGAAGUCAUCGAUGCCUUCAUCCAGGAGAACGGUUGGGUGGAGGAUUACUGACAGGACAGCCCCAUACAACCUUUUUUUCUGUAUCCUUAAAAUCAACACAGCAAAUGGACAAUGAAGGACUCCUGACAACAGAUCACCCCCUUGCCUGGAUACGUACUUUGCAGGAAAGGCCGAACAACGGAAUACAGUAGGGGAGAAGCGGUGGUCACCUACACCUCCUCCCGACGUUCACCUUUGCUGUAAGACCACCUGCUCCAACUUUCUGUCACGGUUCACAGCCUUCUCUUUCCUUUUGAGCCCCAUCUUACGCAGAUUCUUUUUCUUCAAUUCUGCCAUGCUGUUCUAGUAUUACGAGCCUGACUCUUCUGCUUAACCGAGUUCUCAGGUCUCUUCUGUCCUUACUAUCCUAAUCGCCACUUCUUUGAAUGCCACUACUCUUGGAAAGCAUCAGCGUUGCACACCAGUGUGCAUCAACUCCAGUAUUUCAUGGAUUUUUCUUCCUAGAAAUGGAGCAUUUGCCGGAUUCUUUAUGUACACCCUCCCACCCCUACAAUAUGCCCGUCUCCUCAAGGAACACUAGUUUGUAUGCAAGUUUUACACAAAGGUAAUUAAAAAAUAUACUCACCAGUAAAGAAGGUAGAACGAUCAUCUACGAUUUCUCUCCCAUCGAGACUGAAACUACUAUUCGAUCCUUUGCAUAUCAAUCACCAAACACCGUUACAGACAAUUACAAGUUAGCUGAAUGUAUGAACAAUUUACUCUAAAGGUCUGAACGCACAGUAGUCAAAGGUUUUAUUGGGGUCACGUGAGGUCCGUCAAAUUCGGCCGCCUCUAAAUGGACAGAUCUAAAUGAAGACGAAUGGAGCUGCUGAAUUACAACUUUUUGUAACAUUGCUGGAUAGUAUACGAAUUAUGUGCAAGUCGUCUAAGAACGCUCAGUGCUGUCUGUGUCGUCUGUAGAAUCAAGUAAUGUGUGGACGCUUACAUCGAGCAUGAAAUGAUUUCUUUUCUGCUACAGUUUUUGGUAAAAGCAUUGGGGGUUUUCACUUCCAUUGUCUUUUUGCCCAAAUGUUUCUACACCUUCUCCUCCCUGUCUCAUACUUUGGUAGAAAAUGAUUGUACCUGUUAAACUACAGCAUAUUUUUGUGUUGUACUGAAUCCACUUCAAAAUCAUCACUGUUCAUGCUGGAAGACCUGAAACCAGGUACAGUCGGACUUCCCUUCACAGGGCUACACUGACUUUCUUUCACUUUUCGUGCCAUCCCAUUUCACAGGAUUUUCUGAUAAAUGUGUGUCAACGAUGACUUAACCUCAUCCUAGUCUUUGUCGUUGGGGUGCUGGUAGUGUACUUCAUUUGCUUGUGUAACUUCAGAUUUAAUUUCUUCACAAAAUAAGUAUCUCCUUUUUACCCUUGACAAAUCUUAGCGCUUGACAAACUGUAUUAAAUGUAGAUAUGUUGAUAAUGUCAUUUCCUGGUUUACCUUUUCUUUAGCCCCAUUAAACAACCAACGUUGACAUUG